AUGGCGGAAUACCCGGUGGCCUACAAUGGCACCAUAGCAACGGGUGGAGAUUCCUUGACGGAGGAUUUGAACAUAUACUACAGCUCUGGUGACAUUGCAUGGGUUGUCACAUCAACCGCAUUAGUCCUGCUUAUGAUUCCUGGUGUUGGCUUCUUCUACUCCGGUCUUGCCCGUCGAAAGUCAGCCCUCUCUCUGAUAUGGCUCUCGAUAAUGUCUGUCGGUGUCGUUUCCUUCCAGUGGUUUUUCUGGGGCUACUCACUAGCUUUUUCCCAUACUGCUGGAAAGUACAUUGGUGAUUUAUCGAAUUUUGGAUUCAAGGGUGUGCUGGCAGCGCCUUCUGUUGGCAGCAGCAAGGUGCCGGAUCUGCUCUUCGCCGUGUUCCAGGGAAUGUUCGCUUGCAUUACUGUAGCGCUUGCCGUCGGUGCUGUGGCUGAACGUGGCCGUAUGCUUCCGUGCAUGGUUUUCUCCUUUAUCUGGACCACGAUCAUCUAUGACCCUAUCGCUUGCUGGACAUGGAAUUCCUCCGGUUGGGUCUUCAACCUCGGUGGCUUGGACUUUGCAGGCGGCACACCUGUGCACAUUGCCUCCGGCUCAGCAGCAUUGGCGUACUCUUUGAUGCUCGGGAAACGCCGUGGUCACGGCACCCAUGAGCUCAACUACCGCCCUCACAACGUCACCCACGUUGUCAUUGGCACUGUGUUUCUCUGGGUUGGAUGGUUCGGAUUCAACGCUGGCUCGGCCCUUGCCGCCAACAUGCGAGCUGUUAUGGCAGCAUUUGUGACUAACCUCGCCGCUUCUGUUGGUGGUGUCACUUGGUGUCUUCUGGAUUACCGACUCGAGAGGAAGUGGUCUACUGUGGGUUUCUGCUCGGGAGUCAUCGCUGGCUUGGUCGCUAUUACUCCUGGAUCUGGCUUCGUGCCCCCAUGGGCCGCUUUCAUCUUCGGUGUUGUCGGCGCUAUCGCUUGCAACUAUGCCACCAAACUCAAGUAUUGGCUCAAGAUUGAUGACGCCCUGGAUAUCUUUGCCGUCCACGGCAUUGGGGGACUCGUUGGCAACAUCCUGACUGCAUUCUUUGCCGCUGAGAUCCCCGGUGGAUGGUUAAACCACAACUGGGUUCAACUGGGGUACCAACUAGCCGACUCUGUUACUGGCUUCGCGUACUCCUUCUUUGGUAGCUGUCUCAUCCUUUUCCUCAUCAAUUUGGUCCCUGGUCUCAGCCUCCGCGCUGCCGAAGAAGAUGAGAUUCUGGGUAUCGACGACGCCGAAAUUGGCGAGUUUGCUGUAUGUGCUCAGAUGAUCUGCGACUUGAACAGUUUGAGCUAA